AUGUUUCCGGAGUCAUGGGAAUGUAAGUGUGAAGCUAUAUCUGAGGCUCAUAACAUGGACACACUAACUAUGGAUGAUCUCAUCGAAAACUUGAAAAUGUAUGAGCUUAAGAAAAAUCAAGAACGUGAAAUUAUUAGGGUCACAAAGAAAAAUAAUUUGGUUCUAAAAGCUACUAAAAAGGUAGAUUUUGAACCUGAGAAUUUGGCAGUCAUGACUAUGAGAUCUCAAAAGAUGUUGAGGAGGAGCCUGAAUUCGCAAAAUAGGAACCAGGUUUUGAUAAAUUAUGAAAAGAAAAAUCAUGUUCAAGUGUGUCACAAGUGUGACAGUCCUAAACACUUCAUCAAAUUUUGUCCUUUAUGGACAGUAGAUCACAAGAAAAAUAACCAAGAAAAAUCUAAGGAAAAAAAGAAGUACCUGGUUCUUUUAUCCCACAAAAUAAUGACAAAAUGUGAAGCUGAUGUUGCUGUUAAAAGGGUUCUUGAUAAAAUGGGAAAAUCUUCUAAUGAAUUUGAAGAUGAAGAACCACAAAAUCAAUCACUACUGGCUAUGAUGGAAUUUGAUGAUAAGGACCCUCUAGCACUUGUCGCAAUUGCUGACUCAAAUGGUGAACAAUAG